CCGGCUCCAAGGUUCCGCUCCAGUCUCUCUUUUUCGAGGGCUUGUUGGGAAUUGUCCCCCAACGGGUCCCUCGGAGACGGCCGCGAUGGCCACCGCUGUGGAAGCGUUCGUGUCUCGGCAGCUGGAGCUGCUCCAGGAGGAGCGGGAGGCCGAGAUUGCCGAAGCCAGAGUAUGGCAGGAAAGCAUCUCCUUGAAAGAGCUGGAGCGCAAAGGAGUCUGCUUGCUGAAACUCGAAAUAGCUAGUCAAAGAACUGGGCUAUAUGGACGUCUCCUUGUAACUUUACAACCUAGAAAAUGUGGCUCGCAAGCAGAGCUGCCCAGUAAUAGCUUUGGGCCUGGUGACAUUGUGGGAUUUUAUGAAACUGCUGGACAAGGUGAUCAGCUCUCCACGGGAAUAGUCACCCGCAUAACCAGUAAAUCAGUUACUGUUGCUAUUGAUGAGCCUCAGAGUAGCCUUCUGAACCUGGACCAGGGAAACGCUUAUCGUUUACUAAAACUUGCCAAUGAUGUCACAUAUAAAAGGCUUAAAAGGGCAUUAAAUACACUUAGCCAAUAUCGUUCUGGUCCAGCAUCUGGCCUGAUUGAUGUCCUCUUCUGUGCAUCUGAGCCCAGUGAUCUCAAUAAUACAAGGCCUCUGAAGUUCUACAAUGAAUCACUGGAUGCCUCCCAGAAGGAGGCUGUUGGCUUCUCCUUGGCACAGAAAGAGCUUGCAAUCAUCCAUGGACCGCCUGGUACUGGCAAAACAACUACUGUGGUUGAGAUAAUACUCCAAGCUGUGCAGCAAAGCUUGAAAGUCUUGUGCUGCUCUCCAUCUAACAUUGCAGUGGACAACUUGGUAGAAAGACUUGCAAGCCAUAAAGCCCGGAUUCUUCGCCUUGGUCAUCCAGCUCGUCUCUUGGAGUCCAUACAGCAACAUUCACUUGAUGCCAUCUUGGCCCAUGGGGAUAAUGCCCAGAUUGUGGCAGAUAUCCGGAAGGAUAUUGAUCAAGCCUUUGUUAAGACCAGAAAAACCCAAGACAAAGGAGAAAGAAGCCAUUUUCUGAGUGAGAUCAAGACACUGCGAAAGGAGCUAAAGGAGCGAGAGGAAAUGGCAAUGACUGAAAUCCUGACACAUGCAGAUGUUAUUCUUGCUACAAACACAGGAGCCUCUUCCGAUGGCCCACUGAAGCUGCUUCCAGAGAAUCACUUUGACAUGGUGGUGAUUGAUGAAUGUUCCCAAGCACUUGAAGCCAGCUGUUGGAUACCUCUGCUGAAGGCCAAAAAAUGUAUCCUGGCUGGAGAUCACAAACAGCUGCCUCCCACAAUCAUCUCACACAAGGCUGCCUCGAAGGGUCUUUCCCUCAGCUUAAUGGAAAGGUUGAUUGAAAAAUAUGGUGACCAUGUUGUCAAAAUGCUAACUGUGCAGUACCGAAUGCACCAGAACAUAAUGCAAUGGGCUUCCACUGAGAUGUAUGAUGGCCGCCUCUUGGCUCACCACUCUGUCGCACAACAUUUGCUAAAGGACCUUCCAGGAGUGGCUUCAACGGAAGAGACUAGUAUUCCUUUGCUUCUGAUCGAUACAGCUGGCUGCGGAUUAUUUGAGCUUGAUGUGGAAGAUGAACAGUCAAAGGGCAACCAAGGUGAAGUGCGUCUUGUUGGUUUGCACAUACAGGCUUUGGUAGAUGCUGGUGUUAAGGCACGAGACAUAGCUGUCAUUACUCCUUAUAACCUCCAGGUGGACAUGCUAAGAGAACUUCUCUGUCAGAAUUAUCCAGAGCUGGAAAUUAAAUCUGUAGAUGGUUUCCAAGGAAGAGAGAAGGAGGCUGUUGUCCUUUCUUUUGUGAGAUCCAAUAGGAAAGGUGAAGUGGGAUUUCUUGCUGAAGACCGGAGAAUAAAUGUUGCAGUAACCCGUGCCCGGCGCCACGUAGCUGUGAUCUGUGAUUCUCGGACCACUGGAAACCACAGUUUUCUUAAAAGGCUGGUGGAUUACAUGAAUGAACAUGGGGAAGUACGCACAGCCUUUGAAUAUCUGGAUGACAUUGUGCCAGAAAACUAUGCUCCCAAAAACUCUCAGAGUCUUAGUGGCCAAGGACAGAGGCAUAAAUGCAACAAAACAGUAGCCCCAAAAGCUGAUGGGAAGAAACCACAAAGAAGACCUGCCAAUCAACCUGAGCAGAACCCAACAGAGGGUUCGGUGUCAAACACAGCCAGGAUCACAACUGCAGGUCCUGAAGUAAAGGAGCAUUUGUGUAAACAUAAAGCAAAGAUACUGGAAUUUCUGGACAGUACUGAGUCCCAGCUGGAGUUUCCUCCAUCAUUAAAUGCUCACGACAGGCUGCUUAUCCACCAAUUGGCAGAGGAAUAUGGGUUACAACAUUUAAGUUUGGGUGAAGGAAAAGAGAGAUACAUUAGCAUUCAUAAGAAAACUACUGCCACAAAUCCCACUUUGCCUAAAACCACUGCUACACAUGUAUCUCUGAGAGAUGUGAAGGUCUGCGAACAAGAGUUAUCCUCUAAGACACCCAGCUCUCCAAGGGAAAUUUCUGACCACAACAAGGAAAAAGUUAGCAGAAUUGGCACUGGAGAAGUAGAUCUGAAAACAUUGCACAUAGAAAGGAUGCAAAGGGAGAAGGCCAGGAGAGAGGAAAGAGCAAAACAAAGUCACCAACGGAAUGUAAACCUGCAAGAACCUGGGAAGAAACACAAAAGUGAAGCUGUAGGAAAGCCUGUCGUUAAAACCGGAACAGAAAGUGCAGCUGAGGAAGAUUUUGAUGCUAUGAUUUCUGCUGCAGUGAAAGCUGACAAUACAUGUGGUUUCUCCAAGUGCAAAGCAAGUGUAGCAACUCUGGGACAGCUGUGUCUGCAUUGCAAUAAACGCUAUUGUCUCAGCCAUCACAUCCCAGAGAUUCAUGGGUGUGGAGAGAAGGCCAAAGCACAUGCCCGGCAGAGAAUCAGCAAGGAAGGUGUUCUGUAUCCGGGGAGCGGAUUGAAAGACAGGUCCUUGGAUCCUGCCAAGCGAGCUCACCUCCAGAGGCGCCUGGACAAAAAACUAAAUGAAUUGACUAGCCAGAGGAAAAGCAAAAAGAAAGAGAAAUGAGGGGAGUUGCAUGUUCCUAGCCACCUGGUCCCUCAGGCAUCUUCUUUGAAGUUACAUUGUCAGGUUCCAAAGGAAAUAACCCUAAAUCUCUUGAUCUCUUUCACUGAUUAUUUUAGUGCUUAAAACCAGGCAUCUGACCUUUCUAGUUUUCAAAGAACCAAAGCCAGAAAAAAACACAUACAACACCACCAAAAGGCUCAGAUUGCUAUGUUUAAACCUUGCACCUGCAGUUGCACCUUGUUCUGUAAAAUGUAUUGGAACUAGUCAUGUCAAAUGUAUAAAGCACUGUCAGUAAAGACAGAAGGUGGGCAGCUUUUGCUUGGAGCAAUUUUCUUUAUUGGCAAGGCAAUGGAUGUACAGUGAGUGGGUGUAUGGCAGAUAGUCUAACAAGACAAAGGUAGUUAAGUGUAUUGAGCUGUACAGUUGACAUGGUUUGGACAUAUAGUAAUAAUUGUCAGUGGAAGAUUAUACUAUCCUUACAAAAGAGUGGGAGUAAUGGAGAAGCCCUCCUUAAAUCCAGAAAUGAAGAAUGCACAAGAAGCAUUUCCCCUCUCAGACUUGGAAACUUGCAUCUUGGAGGGAAAAGGUUUUGAGUAUAUAUGUGUAAAAUAAAUACAAGUUUUUAAGGAGACAACUUUCUCUGCUCACAGCCAUACCUUAUAGACUAAAAAUAUGCAUUUUUGCUAAAAACGCAAACUAAGAACUGGGAUGAUGAUUGUAAUAUUAGUACAAUUAAAAUAAAGCACUAGAGCUGUGGGAAUCAGAGAGAUGAGAAAAGCAAGAA